AUGUCAGACGAUAAAAACAAGAGAGACGCGUUGGAUGCUGCUGAUUUGUUAGCCAGUCUUGAUUUGGACAAAGGAGCAAGCAAAAAGGAGGAACUUACUAAGGCUUCUGAAGAAAAACCAGCUGCCAACCCUUCAUCAAAUUCUGACGAAAAGAAAGAACAACCAAAAGAGGAACCAAAAGAAGCUACUAAAGAUGAAGCUAAUGACAACAAACCAAAGGAACAUACUGAAUCCAAUUUGAUUAAAUCUACCUACGAAGUCAAAGUUAAAUUGGCUGAUUUACAAGCUGAUCCAAAUUCUCCAUUAUACUCCGUCAAGUCAUUUGAAGAAUUAGGGUUAUCACCAGAAUUACUAAAAGGUUUAUAUGCCAUGAAGUUUAAUAAACCAUCCAAAAUUCAAGAAAAAGCUUUACCAUUGUUGCUUUCAAACCCUCCAAAGAAUAUGAUUGGUCAAUCCCAAUCAGGUACUGGUAAAACAGCCGCGUUUUCAUUAACCAUGUUAUCCAGAGUCGAUGAAUCAAUAAAAUCACCUCAAUGUUUAUGUUUAGCUCCAACUAGAGAAUUAGCAAGACAAACUUUGGAGGUCAUAACUACCAUGGGUAAGUUCACAAACAUUACUACCCAGUUGGUUGUUCCAGAUUCUAUUGCCAGGGGUGCAAGUGUUACUUCACAAAUUUUAGUCGGUACACCAGGUGUUGUCAAUGAUUUGAUGAGAAGAAAACAAAUUAAUCCUAGCAAGAUGAAAGUAUUUGUUUUGGAUGAAGCUGAUAAUAUGUUAGAUGCUCAAGGGUUGGGUGACCAGUGUGUUAGAGUCAAAAAAUUGUUGCCAAAAUCAACUCAGUUGGUUUUGUUUUCUGCCACCUUCCCAACAGAGGUUCGUAACUAUGCUGAGAGAGUGGUUCCAAAUGCUAAUUCUUUGGAAUUAAAACAAGAAGAAUUGAAUGUUGAUGGUAUUAAACAAUUGUACAUGGAUUGUGAUUCUGAAAAACAUAAAUUCGAAGUCUUGUGUGAAUUGUAUGGUUUAUUGACUAUUGGUUCUUCUAUUAUUUUCGUUGAAAAGAAGGAAACUGCGAAUCAAUUGUAUGCCAAGAUGAAGCAAGAAGGACAUACUUGUUCUAUUUUACAUGGUGGCUUGGAAACUGCUGAUAGAGAUAGAUUGAUCGAUGAUUUCCGUGAAGGUAGAUCUAAGGUCUUGAUCACUACUAAUGUUUUAGCUAGAGGUAUUGAUAUUGCUUCUGUUUCCAUGGUUGUCAAUUACGAUUUGCCAACUGACAAAUUCGGUAAACCAGACCCAUCAACUUAUUUGCACAGAAUUGGUAGAACUGGUAGAUUUGGUAGAGUUGGUGUAUCUAUCUCAUUUGUCCAUGAUAAAAGAUCAUUUGAGAUUUUGAUGGCUAUUAAGAAUUAUUUUGGUAAUGUUGAAAUGACAAGAGUUCCAACUAAUGAUUGGGAUGAAGUUGAAAAAAUUGUCAAGAAAGUAAUUAAGAAUUAA